AUGCAACAUCAAGAAAAUGGAAAGUCUAUAUUCCCGCUAGUAGAAACACAAAAUGUCUUGAACGACACUUCAAUGACAGAUAGUGCGUUUAUACAACAUCGUUUACAACAACAACAACAACAACAGCAGCAGCAAAUUAUUAUGCCAAAUGCUCACGAUCAAAAUACGUAUUUACAACAACAGCAAAUUAACAUGGUAAAUAACCACGAACAAAGUGCAUAUAUACAACAACUACAGCAGCAACAACAGCUGCAACAACAACAACAAAUGCAACAACAACAACAGUUACAACAGCUAGAACAACAACAACAGAUGCAACAACAACAACAGCUACAACAACAACAGCAAAUUAAUAAGCCAAUAGUUAAUGAACAAAGAAUAAAUACUGUCGCUAGCGACAUGGAACUUGACAGCCAGACUCCAUCGGCUUCGUGGUAA